AUGGCAAAGCGCGCCGUCUACAAUCCGCCGGACUACAUCCUGAACGUCGGGGACAACUUCUACUGGGCCGGCCUCGACCAGCAGUGUGGCAACGUGACCUAUCUCGACGAGGACUCGACUGGGCAGUGGGCGCGGGGCUUCGAGGCCGUCUACAGGGGUCCGAACCUGGAGGACACCCGCGGGCUCCAGCCCAGACCUCCAGCGCUUUGCAGGGCUCAAGACCCGAUGCUGGGCGGGCUCUGGGCGGGCCCCGACUUCUGGUCCUCGGGGGGCCGGCCGCCCCCCGGCCGGCGACGCACCGCAUCGAGCGAGAGGGUCCCCUCGGCGGGGAAGGCCGCGCACAGCAGCGCCGGAGGCUCUCGGACCCUAUAG